CGCCGCGGCGGUGUCCUGCACAUGUGUCCGGAGGGUUUGUUUUCGCCGCACGGUUUCGUCUUAAACUUGGACUUUUGCGGGGUUUUGUGCGGAGUUUUGUGCGGUGAAAGUCGCGGGACCGGACCGGGACAGAAGCGGCGCAAGGUUAAAGAUGUUGAGCGAGUCGGAGUCGCAGGAGCUUUUGUCGUUCCUCAGACCUGAGACCAGACCUGACGUUAAAGCUGGAGCCACAGAGUGUGUACUGGGCCUCUCUGCAAACAAGGACGGCUGCCUCCUCCUCGGCUCCAGACUCGACCUCCUCCGAGCGCUGCUGCGGCUGACCUCUGACCCCUCCAUCGCCAUCGUCAAAGACGUUUAUUUCAUCUUCAGGACUACUAAACCAGGUCUGACUGGUCUGUGUUGCGUUCAGGUGCUGGUGUCAGAGUUGGAUCUUCUGCCUCUGCUCUGUUCAAACCUUCUGGAUCCUUCGUUUCCGUUUUCAGACCAGAUCUGCUCCAUCCUCUCCAACCUGAGCCGGAGUGACCGCACCUGCCGACAGGUGUACCAGGUGCUGCAGGACAAAGUGGGACUGUCCAAACUGGUGGAAAUCUUCUGCUGUGAAAACUUCAACCCCAAAGCCUCGUUCCACCACAUGGCCGGCCCUGGACCAACCUGACUGGACCACUGGACAGGGACUGAGACCAGGACUGACCCUGUACUUCCUGUGGGCAGGUGCGUGCUGCAGAGGCUCCUCCCCUUUACUCAGUUUGAGGCGUCGAUCACGAGACGAGGCGGAGUCAUCGGGACUCUGAGGAACUGCUGCUUCGACCACGUUCAUCAUGAGUGGUUACUGAGUGAUGACGUGGACCUGCUGCCGUUUGUGCUGCUGCCUUUAGCCGGACCAGAAGAACUGAGCGAAGAGGAAAACGAAGGUCUUCCCGUGGACCUGCAGUACCUUCCCGAGGACAAACAGAGGGAGUCGGACUCGGACCUGAGGCGGAUGCUGCUGGAGACGCUGCUGCUGCUCUGCGCCACCUCCAGGGGGCGACGCGUCCUCAAGAGCAGACAGGUGUACGCCCUCAUGAGGGAGUACCACACCUGGGAGAGAGACGCCCGGGCACGCAGCGCCGCCGAGAAACUCAUACAGGUUCUGAUCGGAGACGAGCCUCAGACCGGGAUGGACAAUCUCAUGGAGGUCCCCAUCCCAGAAGACCUGGAGCAGAAACUCAGAGAAGCAGACGCCAAAGAACAAGAGGAGCUGGAGCUGGAACUGAACCAGGACUAAACCGGGACCGAACCGGGACCGAAGCUGGUCUGAAAUCGGGACUGAACCAGAAUUGAAGCUGGAUUAAAUCAGGACUAGAUCAGGAUUGAAGCUGGACUAAAUCGGGACUGAGCCGGGACUGAACCAGCACUAAAGUGAGACUUAACUAGAACUAAACCAAGACUAGACCAGGACUGGAUUAGGACUAAAGUGGGACUAAACCAGGACUGAACCAGGUUUAAACCAAGACUGUACAAAGGACUGGACUAAGACUAAAGGGGGACUAAACAUAACUACACCAAGACUAGACCAGGACUAGACCAGGACUAGACCAGGACUUAAGAUGGACUUAAGAUGGACUCAUGCGGGACUGAACCAGCACUAAAGUAGACCAAAUAAACCAGGACUAGACUAGGACUGAACUGGGACUACACCAGGACUAAACCGGGACCGAACCAGGUCUAAACAAGGUCUAAACAAGGUCUAAACAAGGUCUAAACCAGGAUUAAACCGGGUCUAAACCGGGUCUAAACCGGGUCUAAACCAGGACUGAACCAGGACUGAACCAGGUCUAAACCACGUGGUCCACAGAUGGUGUAAAAUAUUGUAAAAUGGAAAAUAUUUCUGGUGUAAUAAAGUUUUAAUAUUUGAAGUG